AUGUCCUCCAAUAUCAGAUAUGAGGCCGCUCCCCAGCGGGACUCCCUAGACGAACCGUCUUACAACCAAGCCCCUCCCUCCUACCAGGCGACCGCAGAGCCAGCGCCACGCGACGAAGGCGACAACCUACCCGAUGACUUUAAGUUCGGAGGCACAGUCGCCGAAGGCACAAUCGACAUCCGAAUGCAAUUCGUCCGCAAGGUGUACUCGAUCCUAACUGCCCAACUCCUCCUCACAACGAUCCUGAGCUCAAUCUCCUUCUUCAACACGACCUACCGCUUCUGGAUCCAACACAACUUCUGGCUAAUGAUAAUCUCCAUCUUCGGCGCCUUAGGCUUCAUGCUCGCAACCUUCUGGAAACGCAAGUCCUACCCGGCAAACCUCCUCUUCCUUUCCGGCUUCACGAUUCUGGAAGCCUACUCCAUCAGCGUCGCGACCUCCUACUUCGAUGGCCGGGUGGUGGUUCAAGCGCUUGCGCUAACGCUUGGCAUCUUCGUGGCGCUCACGCUGUUCGCAUGCCAGACGAAGUACGAUUUCACGGACUGGAUGCCUUAUUUGUUUGGUGCGCUGUGGUUUAUGAUUUUGUUCGGGUUCGUUGCUAUGUUUAUCCCGUUCAAUAGCACCAUCGAGAUUGUCUAUGGUGUGCUUGGAGCGCUGGUUUUCUCCGGGUAUAUCCUUGUUGAUACGCAGUUGGUUAUGAGGCAUUAUCAUGUUGAGGAGGAGAUUGCGGCUUCCAUUUCGCUCUAUUUGGAUGUGCUCAAUUUGUUCAUGUCCAUUUUGCGGAUUUUGAAUGGGGCGAAUAAUAAUAAUUAG